AUGAACUACCAAAAGAAUCUUUUUGCAUAUAUCAAAAGCAGCUUCAAUCAGGUCCUUACAGUAGAUGACAAAUUUGGAGGUAGACCUGAACCUUUGAGAUGUAUGGAACAAUUUCGUGUUGUUGUUGAUAGGUGUCGCCUAAUUGAUUUAGAUGUUUCUGGUUGUACGUUUACUUGGACAAACAAACAAGAGCCUGUCCUUUUGAUUAAGGAGAAAUUGGAUCGUGCACUUUAUAAUGUUCAUUGGAGACACUAUUUUUCUGAUGUUCUUGUUCGGAAUUUACCGAGAGCUCAUAGUGACCACUGCCCAGUUCUUGUUUCUCUGCAUGGUUUGACUAGUAGUAAUCCUUCUGUUCGACCUUUUCAAUUUGAAGCUGCAUGGCAAUCUCAUGCUACUUUUUCGUCAGUUUUGUCAUCUUCCUGGGAUACUGCAAAGACUUCUAAUCACUCCCUAUCUCAUCUUCGUGGGGUGCUGGGUGAUUGGAAUAGAGACAUAUUUGGAAACAUUUACAAGAAAAAGUGGCAGUUCAUGGCCCGUUUAGGUGGUGUUCAGUGUGCUCUUGAAACUAGGCCGAAUCUUUUCUUGUAUCGGUUAGAAAAGGAGUUAACUGCUAAGUAUAAUUUGGUUUUGUCACAAGAAGAGAUGAUUUGGUUUCAGAAAUCACAGUCUAAUUGGGUCCAAUUUGGGGAUCGUAAUACUAAAUUCUUUCAUACCACUACUUUGAUAUGCCGAAAUCGGAAUAAGAUCUCAGCUUUGAAAGGUGAUAAUGGUGAUUGGAUUGUUGAUUCGGAGAUAAUUAAACAACUUGUUCUAUCUCAUUUCCAAUUGGUUUACCAAGCGGAAAGGAUUGAUGUUGACUUUGAGAACUGUUGUCUUAAAAUUCGCAUGCCUUUGAAUGAUGAGCAGCUCAUGCUUUUGUCUCAUGUCCCUCAAGAAGAUGAGAUUCACAGUGCCCUUAAGGCUAUGACCCCUUAUAAAUCGUCGGGUCCUGAUGGAUUUCAAGCAGCCUUUUACCAAGCUAACUGGGAGGUUGUACGGGAGUUGGUCUAUAAUUUUGUGAAGAAUGCUUUUAUUACGGGGCAGUUUGAGGAAGAUCUAAGCCGAGUUUUGAUUGUGUUAAUUCCUAAAGUCGAGUCUCCGGUGAAGGUAACUCAGUUUCGACCUAUUUCACUAUGCAAUGUCAUGGUCAAACUAUUAUCGAAAUUUUUGGUAAAUCGACUUAGGCCAAUGCUUAAAGAUUUAAUUUCUCCAACACAAAGCAGUUUCAUUCCUGGUCGUGGUACAACUAAUAACAUCAUUGUGAAGGUCAAUUUUGCGAAGUCUCUUGUCUAUACUUCGCCAAAUGUUCCUCCACAGUUGAUGAGUAGUAUUGUUGCUCAAACUGGCAUAUUCUUUUGUGAUGGUUUGGGGCGCUAUUUGGGAGUUCCCUUACAUCAUUCUAGGGUAUCUCACCACACAUAUGAUCAUCUUAUUGAUAGGGUGAAGAAGCGUUUGGCAUCAUGGAAAGCUAAUAGUUUAUCUCUUGUAGGCAGGGCAACCCUUGUAUAUAUUCACUCGGCCAUGAAUAUUGUUCUCCAAGGCAUUGCUAGGCUUAUUGGUGAUGGAUUCACUACAUCCUUUUGGAGGGAUAAGUGGUUGGGGGGGGGGGUGCUUUUUUGGCAAAUAUAUGUGAUGUUGAGGUUUCGAUUUCAAAUGCAAACGGAGUUGGUUUCGGACUAUGUCUCUUCAUUGGGUUGGAUUUGGGAUAAACUUCAAUUACUUCCAAUUAAUAUUCAUGAGGAAUUAUCCCUUGUUUUGCCUACUCAUGGGGAGAUGGAUCGAAAUUAUUGGUUAGACUCAUCUGAUGGUUUGUUUUCUGUUUCGUCUACCUAUAAGUUACUUACUAGUGAGCCCAUUGAUGAUUUUGGUUGGAAGAAACUUUGGAAGAUAGAUGUUAUGCCCAGAGUAAAGCAUUUUCUGUGGUUGGUUCGACAUGAUCGUCUUCUCACUAGAGUAGCUUGCUUCCGCAGACAUAUUACUCCUGUUGCAACUUGUCCUAGAUGUGGGGCUACUGAAGAACCUGUUCUUCAUGUUCUUAGAGAUUGUGGCACGUCUCAAUCAAUUAGGUCUCGUUGGUUACAUGGUGCCAAGUUGGUUCGUUUUAAUUCUUUGAACUUGAAUGACUGGUUGCGUUACAAUUUUGCUUUGAGUAGAUUCUGGGUGGAAUCUCAGAGUUUUCGCGAAAAAUUCUUAAUGAUAGCAUGGGGGCAUGCCAGUCAAUUUGCUGAAAUUGACAAAGAGGAUGUAAAAACUAAAUCUGGUGUGCGUAGCAGCAGAGAAAAAGAUCAGAGCGAUUUGUGGGGACUACAUCAAAGUCACACCGGAGAAUUUAAAUCAUUGGAUCCACAAGAACAAGACUUCCUAAAAUAG